UAUAGCCCUCUCCAGUUCAUUCUGUUCUUGUGUACAGUAGCCAGCUUUAAAAUACUCGUACAAUCCUCACUCCACUUCUUCCUCGUUUUCCUAGAGUCCUAUAUCCAGUUCAUAUCUUCUGAAUUCCUUGUGUCAGCUCAAAAGUCACCCUACAUCGGCAAUAUUCGCCAUGGCAGACGCUCUCAAGGCCGAGGGCAACAAGGCCUUCGCUGCGAAAGACUUUACCACUGCAGUUGAGAAGUUCUCACAAGCCAUUGAACUAGAUCCUUCGAACCAUGUCCUCUACUCCAAUCGCUCCGGCGCAUAUGCGUCGCUUAAGGACUACCAACAUGCCCUCGAAGAUGCAAACAAGACAACAGAAAUCAAGCCGGACUGGGCAAAAGGAUGGGGACGCAAAGGUGCUGCUCUGCACGGUCUAGGUGAUCUUGUCGGUGCAAAAGACUCCUUCGAAGAGGCCUUGAAGCUGGAACCUUCCAAUGCUCAAGCCAAAUCUGGCCUCGAAGCUGUCAACAGAGCCAUUGAAGCCGAGGCUGAAGGAGACGGCGCCGGCUUAGGUGGCCUUGGUAACAUGUUCAAUGACCCUCAAAUGAUACAGAAACUGGCUAGCAAUCCCAAAACGGCUCCUUACCUUGCAGACCCGCAGUUCAUGAACAAGCUACAGCGCUUGGCCAAGAACCCUCAAGAGAUGGGACAAGAGCUGGGUGAUCCAAGAUUCCUACAAGUCAUGGGCGUCCUUCUAGGUGUGGACAUGCAGAUGGGAAUGCCACCAGAGGGUGCACCGGCGGGAUCCAACCAACCCACUGAAGCAGAAGAAGACGUCCCAAUGCCCGAUGCACGCCCACAGUCAAACCCUCCUCCACAGGCAAAGGAGCCCGAACCCGAGCCGGAGCCGGAGGACGAAGAUGCCAUUGCUGCAAAGAAAGCCAAAGAGGAGGCCGAGGAAGAAAAGAAGCUUGGUACAGAGAACUACAAGAAGAGGCAGUUUGACGAGGCGAUCUCGCAUUACAGCAAAGCCUGGGAUCUCCACAAGGACAUCACCUACCUGACGAACCUUGGUGCUGCGAAAUUUGAGAAGGGCGAUUACCAGGGCUGCGUAGAGGCAUGCACGACGGCUGUCGAAGAAGGCCGACAGAUGCUUGCAGACUUCAAGCUGAUUGCCAAAGCCUAUGGUCGAAUUGGCUCAGCUUAUGAGAAGAUGGGCGACCUGCCCAAGGCUCUCGAGAACUAUCAGAAGUCCCUGACCGAGCACCGGACACCAGAUAUCCUCGCCAAAUUCAAGGCCGCCGAGAAAGCACAAAUCCAAGCCGAAAAGAGUUCCUACGUUGACCCCGACAAGGCUGAAGAGGCUCGUCUUCUAGGCGCCGAGAAGUUUAAGAAUGCCGACUGGCCAGGAGCUGUGGAAGCAUACACAGAGCUCACCAAGCGCGCUCCCGAUGACCCACGAGGCUACAGCAACCGUGCCGCUGCUCUGAUCAAGCUGCUAGCUUUCCCGACUGCCAUUCAGGACUGCGACGAGGCUAUCAGGCGAGACCCCAAGUUCAUUAAGGCAUACCUCCGGAAAGCUCAGGCUUUGUUCGGCAUGAAAGAGUACAACAGGUGUCUCGAUGUGUGCACCGAGGCGAUGGAACACGAUGAAGGCGGCAAGAAUACCCGCGAGAUUGAGGCGCAGCAGCAGAAGGCCCUCGAAGCAAUGUACGCUGCUCGUGCCGGCGAGACGGAGGAGGAGACCAGUGCGAGAAUCCAGCGCGAUCCGGAAAUCAUGCAAAUCCUCUCAGAUCCAGUCAUGCAAUCAAUUCUGCAACAAGCCAAGGGCGACCCCAUGGCCUUGAACGAGCACAUGAAGAACCCUGGCGUCCGAGGCAAGAUCCAGAAGCUCAUUGCUUCCGGUGUGAUCCGUGUUGGAAGGUAGAUGUAUGGAGCAAUACUCUGUCGCUUUCCACCGGACGACUUGUUAUUUGAGGCCAGGACGCGUUGAACAGUCUAAAUGGCAUUUUCUUGCGGCCAUGGGAUAUCUACUUCGGGACCAACUAAAGCUUGAGGUGUAGGUGCAAGUCUUCAUCUCCUUAUCUUACUCGCUGGUUGCGCCCCUUAGCAUGCCAUGUCGGUUUGUGGAGGAAGCAAAUAGGUUGGCUGGUCAUUGUUCUCGUAGGAGUGAUUGAUAGCAUUUAGCGAAGGCUCUCCAGUGCUGUUCCCAAUACUCAAAAUCGAUAGUAAUGCUCACACAGAAUCAUCGCUCUCGUUAGCUUUGAUGCAGUGCGUUCGAAAUACCUCACCUGGCGGUAAGACGGGACGCCCUCAUAAAGGGAGACACAUAGUAUGUACCUUAGAUGAGCUGUGCAACAUCUGUAGCCCACCCAGUGAG